CCUUAAACCGAGAUUACCCGGGAGGAGCCUGAGGUUGAAAGGUGAUCCCGCGGGGACCGAGGAAGGCCUUGGGGAGGGGCCUGGCCUGAACCGUCCGACUGCCGUGACACAGCAAACAGAGAAAGACAAAGUUCAUUUGGAUGGAAAUGGAAGCUGAGUGAGAAGGGCCAUCUUGACUGUCUAGUCAGGGGAAAUGACUGGUCUGACCGGGUCUGGAAGCCGGGGUACCCAGGGUCUAAGGAUAACUCUGGGGCCAUGAUUCUCACAGGGGACCCCAGAUUUCUACACUGAGAAAUGUCAGGUGCCACUGGACUUGUUCUGAGACCCUUUCCCUAGAGGAUGGCCAAGGGGCUCCUGGUGACCUAUGCCCUCUGGGCUGUAGGGGGCCCUGCUGGGCUCCACCACCUGUACCUGGGGCGGGACAGUCAUGCACUGCUCUGGAUGCUUACCCUGGGUGGUGGUGGGCUGGGCUGGCUCUGGGAAUUCUGGAAGCUCCCAAGCUUUGUAGCUCAGGCCAACAGAGCCCAGGGGCAGAGGCAGAGCUCAGGAGAGGGGACACCUCCUGUGAGUCCCAUUCGCUUUGCUGCCCAGAUGAUAGUGGGCAUCUACUUUGGCCUCAUGGCUCUCAUUAGCCUUUCUUUCAUGGCCAACUUCUAUAUAGUGGGCCUCCCACUGGCGGUUGGAUUAGGGGUGUUGUUGGUGGCUGCUGUUGGCAACCAGACCUCAGACUUUAAGAACACUCUAGGGGCAGCAUUUCUUACUUCUCCUCUCUUCUAUGGCUGUCCCAUAGCCAUCCUGCCCAUCAGCUUGGCUGCCAGCAUGACAGCCCAGAUGCAUCGCCGAUACAAAGCUUCAGGUGGGCCAGAGAAGCUCAGUGUGAGGCUCUACCGCCUGGGCUUGGCUUACCUUGCUUUCACCGGCCCGCUAGCCUACAGCGCCCUCUGCAAUACAGCUGCCACCCUCAGCUUUGUGGCUGAGACCCUUGGCUCCAUCUUGAGCUGGUUCAGCUUCUUUCCCCUACUUGGCUGCCUCAUGGAGUCUGUCCUCCUUCUGCCUUACCGGGUCGGGAGGCUACUGGUGGGGGAUCCUGGCUUCAGCUGCAGCUACUUCCAGGAGUGGGAGAAGCUGUAUGAAUUUGUCCGGACUUUUCAGGAUGAGAAACAUCAGCUGGCUAACCAGAUUUUGGGCCUCCCAGAGGGGGCAACAAAAGAGGAAAUCCAUCGGCGAUACAGGGAGCUAGUGAAGAUCUGGCACCCUGACCACAACCGGCACCGGACAGAGGAGGCUCAGAGGCACUUCCUGGAGAUCAAAGCUGCAUAUGAAGUCCUGAGUCAGCCCAGAAAGCCCAGGGGAUUCUGGAAGUGAGAAGAAACUUCCCUUUGAGAAUGGACUCUUCCUGGUAGAGUUGGGUAGCUUGUCCCAGCCCAGCAUUGCCCAUCUGGGGCAUCCCAACAGUGUUAAAGAAACUGCUGGCAGUGGAGAUGAGAAAACCUUUCAUGAGGCAAGAAAGUCAUUGUGUUGGAACAAUGUAUUUAUGCUUUGAAUUUCUGACUUCUUUGCUAUUGUAUUCCUGAAAAUUUUUUUCUUAAAACCAGACAGUAAAAUGAAAGGCAUAUUAUAAAACCAAUAACAUAUAUAUUAGAGAAUAUACCACCUUAUCCCACCCUGGUACAUUGAUGUAUAGUGGAGAAAGUUAAUUUAAAAGAAUUUUUUUUUAAUGUGCAAGGAACUGAGUUAGGAGGUUAAAGGAAAAAUAUGAAGGUUCUAAUAUUUCAUAAGCUGUCCUGUGACAAGAGGGAUUUGAUUUAGUCUGUGGAUUACCAAAGGGUAAGAUUGGGGUUCAGUUUCAAAAUUUCAGAAAAAGUAUCUUAAUUCCAUUUAUAGGAAAGCUUUCCAGGAGGUGCACUUUUCCUAAGAAGGAAUAAGCUGCUAUGGGGUGGGGGAAUGUAUCCCCAUUGCAAACUCUUCUGCUUGGAGGAGUAUUGUGGACUUUACAUGGGUGGCUGGACUGGCUGAAUUCUCAGAUCUUCCCAAAACUUGGGAUCUGAUUCUGAACUACCACCUUGCUCCCUAAGAGCUUACAGUCUGGUGGGGACCAAUAACACAGGUACAUAGGCAUCAAAGCCAGUCUCAUUCAGUGUUUUGAAGUACCAUAAGAAGUAUAAUAGAAUGCAAUGGGAUAUUGGAGAAAGGACAGAUGCCAUUGUUUUAUGGAGACUCAUGGAAAAAUUCAUAGUUUUAUGUCUCAUGUGCCCUUAUGGGGACUUUGGAGAACUCUAUGGAACCAGCAGCUUGAGCAUUUGAAGAAGACCUAAUUUAAUUCCCAAGUAACUACGUAAGUGGGGAAGAAACAGUCCAGAAUGGAGAUCAGGAAAAUGAUGUUAAAAUUAUGUACUUUUUACCAAUCUUUUUGCCUUUCCUUUUUGUUUGUGCACAUACUUCAUACUUCUUUUUUUUCUGGAGGUUAACUCUGAGUAGUGUAUACAUUUUUAAAAAGUAGAAUUACUUUGACUAGUAUUCUCUACAGAUUAAAAAAAAAUGAUCUGAUUAAGAAGAAUGAGAUUUGUAUAUUUCUUUGCAUUCUUAUAUAUAAAAAAAACUUUAAAAUUUUUGCUGAUAAAUUUACAUGCCAUGAUUUUAAGACCAAAUUAACUUUCACACCUUUUUAGAGUUGUGGAUUUAAAGAAAAUGGAUAUACAUUUCUUUUGAAAAGCACUUACAAUUGUCAAAUUAUUGCAUGGAAUUUUAAUGAGGCCUUUUCAUAGGCUAUUAAUUAGUAACUUAUUAACAUGAUGGGUAGUAUUACAUCUGCAAAAUGUAAAUAUAUCUAAAUAGCCUAUAAAGAAAAAGAGACAAAAGAGUGGGAUUAGGGGCUUUACUUGAUUUGGAAAUUUUUUACUGUUCUCAAAUUUUGUUAUGGGUUUUUGUUACAAAAAUAUGCCUACAUUUAAUUUAUUCAAAUGGAACUAUUGAUAAGCAGUUUCUAUUUUUUCAACAUGAGCAAUGCUAUAAUAAAUAUGUUUAAAUAUG